AUGGACGCACUAGACCACUGGGCGCCGCUUUACGAAUGUGAUACGUGUACCCGGGAAUUCGGAUCUUGGCAUGCUGCCCAGCAGCAUAUGGAUGCACUAGAUCACUGGGCAGAGACAUAUCUUUGCGAGACCUGCGACUCGGAAUUCUACUCCGAGAAAGCUGCCAAGCAGCAUAUGCAAGCCAAGGGCCACUUCAAGAAUUACUGCCUCGAGUGCGACAGAUAUUUUGGGAACGCAAACGGUCUCAGAAUGCACCUGAACUCCAACGUCCACCGAGGACACAACGUCGAAUGCCCAUUUUGUAGGACGGGAUAUACCACUGCAAGCGGCCUCAGCCACCAUUUGGAGUCUGGAUCAUGCCCCAAGGCAGCCACGGUGAACAGAGAGGUCAUACUGUCAAUGAUUCGAAAGCGCGACCCCCAGGGGACCAUUACCAACAAGCAGAUAGAGUGGCAAAACGAAUCAAGCGUCAAAAUCACCUACGAAGCAAACCGUCUUGCAUGGAAUGGUUCUGCGUGGGAGUGCUACAUCUGCCACGGCCAAUUCAGUACCAUCAAUGGAUUGAACAUGCACCUGAAUUCGCCACACCAUAAAGGCAAGAUAUAUCAUUGCCCCAACAAGAAAGGCGCAUGUGACAAGGAGUUUGUUUCGUUGGGUGGGUUGUUUAAUCAUCUGGAAAGCGAAUCUUGCUCGUAUAUGCGAUUCGAGAAAGUGCAAAAGCACGUCAGCAACAUGUUCAAUGGACAUAGAUUCAUUGCUUUUACCGAUUGA